AUGGUUAGGUCUGUAGUGACGGCAGUUCCGAGUUCGGUCCGGUAUCAAGUUCUUAUUAAUGGUCAGCCACAUGGUCAGAUUAUACCUGAGAAAGGCUUACGACAGGGGGAUCUCCUAUCCCCAUAUCUGUUUAUUCUAUGCACAGAGGUUUUGAUUGCAAAUAUUCGAAAGGUGGAAGCGGAUAAACGGAUUAUGGGGAUCAAGGUGGAUAAGGAUCAGUGUGGGGUCCUUUUGGAUAUUUUAACGCAGUAUGAGGCGGCAUCUGGUCAACAGAUUAAUUUUGCCAAAUCCUCUAUUCAAUUUGGUCACACGGUUGAUGAACCGACUCGUUUGGAGAUGCAGGGGGUCCUGGGAAUCUCCACUCUGGGUGGGACGGGAUCAUAUCUAGGAAUUCCAGAAAGUUUGGGGGGGUCUAAGACGAAGGUCUUCUCUUUUGUUAGAGAUAGGCUUCAGAGCUGUACGACUGGUUGGACGGCUAAUUUGUUGUCCAAAGGGGGCAAAGAGGUAAUGGUUAGGUCUGUAGUGACGGCAGUUCCGAGUUUUGUGAUGUCUUGUUAUCGAUUAUCGAAAACAAUAACAUCCAAACUAACGAGUGCAGUCGCAAACUUUUGGUGGAGUUCUUCGGGUCAGGGUGGGGGUAUGCAUUGGUUAACUUGGGACAAGCUUUGUAGUAGUAAACAGAUGGGUGGGUUGGGUUUUAGGAAUGUUGAUGAUUUUAACACAGCGUUAUUGGCUAAACAGUUAUGGCGUCUGAUUGAGUUCCCGGACUCUCUGUUUGCCAGGGUUUUCAAAAAUCGGUAUUACCGAAAUUCUACUCCAUUGGAACCGCUUCGCUCCUACUCUAGGAUGGAGGAGUAUGUCUCAGCUUGCUCUUUGGUGAAUACAGGACUUAUUAAACGGGUUGGCUCGGGUGAUACCGUUGAUCUAUGGUCUGACCCCUGGGUUCCAGCUCAUUCCCAAAGACCAGCAUUAUCGAACGGAUUUGUUACAGAUCCUAAUCUUACUUUAUCUUUUUUUAUUGACCCUUCCUCGCGUACUUGGCAUCGGGAUCGGCUCCUAGAGCAUUUUGAUCCUCUCGAUGUUCCCUUGAUUCAGGCUAUUCCGUUGAGCAAUUGUCCGCAACCGGAUUCCUUGGGAUGA